GUACGCUACUAUCACUUUGACUUCUUGGCUGCUUUCCGCUGCAUUGCAUGCAAAGACGUUCAACUGGAGAUGGAGGCUGCGAUGCGGACAUUCCAAGAAGGCUGUGCCGACAGCUUCUUGGUCCGAGCGCCGCAGGAUGCCACCAUAACUGGCUCCAGAUACUGGUGCCACAAAGGGCCUGACAAAGAAUAUGGGCCCCGGGCUGCAUUCCUUGAAGCCUGUAACCGUGCUCAGGCCGUGGCGGUGGGGAGGACUCGUGUCUUUCUGAAGCAGUCGGCUGCCGGGCGCUUGCGGGUGGCCCAGGCACUCGCUCGGGCGGCGGCCUGCACCCGGCUGCAGGCGCGGUACCGCGGAAACUCCGCCCGACAGCAGGCCGCCGUCCGGCGCAGGGCGGUGAAGGCACUCCAAGCGGCCUACCGGGGCUUUCGACUUCGGCGCCGUCUCAAGGAGGAGAGGAGAGCUCGAGCUGCUUCUUUGAUCGUGGCGGGCUUGUCGACUCUUGUGGCACGGCGCCGACUGGGCUGCGUGAGAUAUGUCUGUACCGCACUACAAAGUUUGGUGCGAAUGCGGGCCUGCAGGAACGAAUUUGCGAGGUUGCGGCAGGCGACAUGCAGGAUUCAGGCCUGGUGGCGCUCUUGGCUGAGGCGCCGGAGGAUGAGGGAGCUCCCGAAGCAUCUGCGGAACAUCCAGCGAUGCUGGCGUGGGGCAGUUGGCCGCCGGCAGGCGGCCGACUUUCGGCUUGGGUUGUUCCGCUUGAAACGCGCCUUGCGUCGGCUGCUUCGCCUCCGCUGGGCGGCUCUGAAACAUCGCAAGUGGCGGCAGGGCGUCAUGGCGAAUUACCGAGGAGCUUCGGCACAAGCGCAGCCUCUGGCAAAGGCAGAGUUGCUGCAGAAGCUCCUUCAGCUGGAGGCGGAGCACGCCUUGCUUGAGCGCCAAGCUGCGAUCCUCCGACAAGACCAUUCCGACUUGAAAACAAGCCUUGUUGAGGCGAAGUCCAGAGCUGAGGCGGAACCUCCGCCAGAGGUUCGAAAGCUGCUCGCAAUUCAGUUUUGCAAGUCUCGUCCGAAGAAUGUGAGAAGCGUUCAUACCCUGCCAACCAUGGCCCAGCACGGCGGCAAAGCUGCGGGAAUGCCCGGCAAGUUUGCUCUGACCAUGCGUAAACGGCUGGUUCUUCGAGCUGUGACAGCAUACGAGUACAAGUGGAGGAAGAAGCCGGAGAAAGCGAAAGAAGGUCAGAAAGAGGGUCGGCCCCUGAAUAUCAAGUCACGACAUGAGCAGGGCCAAGAUGAUGCUGACAAGCUUCCGGCUGCAAGCUGGGAGAAGGUUGGUUCUCUGUGUGCCAGCGUGCAAGAGGCACUGGACAGGUUCUAUUCGCCCAGCGGUGUGUUACCAGAUCACGAAGUCAGGAGGAUGCGGAUCUGUUUCCAGAGGUUCUCUUCCGAGGACAACGACCUUUACCGUGGACAAGUGCACGAGGUGCUGACCCACCUUUGCUUUGUUCCUGUCUCCGAGGAUAAGGCCACAGCCAUUGCCAAGGAUACCAAUGAGUUCUCGACGUUGGACUUCCAAGAUUUCAUUGACUUCCUGGAGCGCUACAUGCAGUACGAGCGGGAGGUUGUGCGUGUGAAGUUGGAGGAGUGGACAGCGCGGGAGAAGGACGAGGAUGAUUCCGAUCCUGAUCCCGUUGCAGAAGUACGCGGCUUCCUGAAGUCCUUGGGCAUCGUUUGUCUGAAGGAUGCGGCCGAAGAGAUCAUUACACUGGGCGGCAUGAAUGGUCGCAGCUGCGCCCGCCCAGAGGAGCUCUUGCGGUGCCUCGCAGCAUAUCGAGCCCGCGAAGGCUUCACGAAAGCCGAGAUCGAUCGGAUCCAGGAGGUUUUCGUCAGCUUGGAGGCGGAGCCACAGCCGAAGACUGCGGCUGACAUGCGGUCGGAAAGGCACAUCAAAGCCGGCCAACUUUGCAUAGGUCUUCUAAAGAUCGCUGGGCUGUAUUGUGCUGAACAUCUCAGGGAGCUCCUGGACAGGAUGGAAGAAACCAUUGAGGGCGAAAAGAUCACGCCCUUUUGCUUCUACGAGUUCCUUGUAUGCGCCCGUCGCCUUCGAGAUGCGAUGCUGAUGGCGGCUUCUGAGGAGUUCGACAACGUGGACGCCGACGAGGAUGGCAUCGUCGAAGCGGAGGAGCUCCGCGAGUUCUGCAAGCCUCUGGGCUUCGCUUUGUCGGGGGAGGAGUGGGACGAGCUGGUCGAGGAGCAGAGUUUGGGGGAUGAGGACGUGGAGUUCCAGGAUGCCUGGAACUUCCUCCAGGCGGUGCAGGCAAGGAACGGCUUCACCCUGGACGAGCAGCAGGAGCUCUCGGAAGCCUUUGACCGCUUCUCCGACAAGUCAGGUGAACUUGAGAACCUCAAGGUCAAGGAUCUGCUUACUUACCUUGGCUUCGAGACAGGUGUAGAUGAUGUCCAAGACAUGGUCUGUCGAGUGGACUUCAAUGGCAGCAAGACUAUGGACCGACAUGAGUUCUUGCGGCUGAUGCGACUCCAGAGGGAAAUCACAUUGGCAUCCUACACAGCCACCUACGCGCGAAACCGUCUCUUUGCCCGGGGCGGGGCGCCACCAGAGGAAGUCGAGCGCGUUCUGGUUGCAACCAAGCUGCAUCCCAAUGUGCACAUUCUGGACCAAGCUCUGAGCCUGGUUGAAGAAUCUGGAGAAUAUGACCGCGAGUCCACUCAGUCGCUGCAGUUUGAAGGCUUCUUGAAAGUGGCCGACUAUUGUCGCAAGACGAUACCAAUCUACAACAGGAGGCAUGCCAACUUCCAGCUUGACCAGAUCGAGGAUCUUCGCAAGUCUUUCGAAUCGCAAGAUGUGGAGAAGAAGGGUCAUAUAUCCAUUGGAUCUUUCUUGUCGCUCUUGGCCGACACGAGCUUAGCUGUGAACACCGUGGCUGGUCGAGCCCGGAUGUAUGAGCAGUUGGAGAGAUCUCGUGAGGCCGCCUUAGAUGCCGGCGUCAGCAAGGAGGAGGUCGGCAACCCCAACACCCCGCGGGUGCGCUUCCUCCCUAUGGUCCAUUUCGUCCGCGAGACCGUGAAAAUUCAUGACGAUGCGGUGCCUGUCUUAUCGAAGCUUGCGUUUGUGUAG